AAAAAACAUAUGAUUGCUCAGACAUUGCAGUAAUUGGUGUAUAUUUAGUAUUUUGAAUUAAUGGUAAUGGAACACAUUUAUUAAACACUAAUCAAAACAGAUACGUAAUGGUGUUAUAAUGAGCUUUAUAAUUAAUGCCUUUAAAAAUUUCUUACAUACCAUGUUGCAAUUAUUAUCUUUUGGUAAAAAAACUAUAACAAAUAGUUUGAGUGUGUAUGUAAAAACUAUUGGUGGCAACACUUUAACUGUAGACCUAGAUCCUACGUGGGAUAUUAAAAAUGUUAAGGAAAUAGUGGCGCCCCAACUUGGAUUAGAACCAGAUGAAGUAAAGAUAAUUUUUGCUGGAAAGGAAUUGGGAGAUGAAAUUAAAAUUGAGGAAUGUGAUUUAGGUCAGAAAAGUAUUCUCCAUGCUGUAAAAGUUAGGGGAAAAGGAAUAAGAUUCUUCGACCUACAAAUAGUAGUGUAAUAGAGGAAAAUGAGGACCCAAGUAGCAAGCCAUUGAGUGAGGUUUUAGAUAAUAGUAUGUUUUCUCAUGAAGACAGCAAUUCUUUUAAUAGUACAACUGAAAGGCAGAGAAGUCAAUCAGAAAGUGGUUUAAGUAAGUCAAAGGUACAUUUCUAUGUAUUCUGUCCAACUUGUAAGGCAAUGAAGUCAGGAAAAAUAAGAGUAAGGUGCCAUUUUUGUAAAAGUGGAGCAUUCACUGUACAUGCCGAUCCACAAAACUGGAAUGAUGUUCUAAAACCCAAACAAAUUACAGGAACAUGUGAAAAUAGUCCAGAAUUGUGUUCUGACAUAUUAAAAAACGUAGAACCUACCUUCGCUGAGUUUUACUUCAAGUGUUCUGAACAUACCUCCUUGGGGGAACAAGAUGGAGCAGUACCGCUAGAUCUGAUAAGGCCAAAUUUAAGGGAUAUUCCCUGUUUAGCUUGUGCUGACGUUAGCGAUCCUGUUCUUGUCUUUCCUUGUCAAGAAAAACAUGUUACCUGCCUGGACUGUUUUCGCCAAUACUGCGUGACCAGAUUAAUGGAGAGACAGUUCUGGCAACAUCCAGAGCUGGGAUACACGUUAGCUUGUCCAGCGGGUUGCCCAGAUUCCUUUAUAAAAGAAGUCCACCAUUUUAGACUGCUCACAGAUGCUCAAUAUGCGCAAUAUCAACGUUUCGGAACCGAAGAAUUCGUCCUCAGAUCCGGCGGAGUACUGUGCCCCCAACCGGGUUGUGGAAUGGGAAUUUUAGUCGAUUCCGGUUGUAACAAAGUGGCUUGUAUAAACGGUUGUGGUGUAAGUUAUUUUUAUUUUAUUAACUGGCUUAUUUCUACUCGAUUUUUAUGUUAUAGUACGUAUUUUGUCGGUUGUGUUUACAAGGCUAUCAUAUCGGUGAGUGUCGACGUCCGAUAUGGAUAGUUCCGCAGAUGGCGAAGGAUGUUUGUACAGCGUAGACCCAAGUCGAGCAUCGGACGCAAGAUGGGACGAAGCUUCGAGAGUUACUAUUAAAGUUUCAACGAAACCUUGUCCUAAGUGUAGGACACCUACUGAAAGAGAUGGCGGCUGUAUGCAUAUGGUAUGUACUAGAGCAGGUUGUGAGUUCCAUUGGUGUUGGGUGUGCCAAACUGCGUGGACCAGAGAUUGUAUGGGCAGCCAUUGGUUUGGUUAAGGCAUCGAAAAAUCUGUGAUAUUAAGAAAAAAUAGAAAAAUGUGUGUUGUUUUGAUUGUUCAGUUGGGUUUCAAUUAAUAAAAAUUGUUUGG